UUUAAUUUUGAAUCAAUUUUUACAUAGAUUACUAAUUCCCACAGCAAUUUUUCUUGGGAGAAUCAAGUUUUUUACUAAAGAAUUUGAUCUGUGUUGUUCAUUCUUUCUACUUCUCAGUGUCCUCCCACCUAUUGUUUCAUACAAAUUUUCUUCUCUUUCUGCGUACACUGCAUUACCCUUUUGGAAGAUCUUUGUGGGGUGCCCUGUAGUUUAAGGGUGAUAAAAGAAAGUUGAUAUUUUUACUUCAAGAUUCUGGUGCCCUUUUGAGUUUUUCAUAAUGAAACUUGUAGUUCGUGUGAUUGAGGCAAAGAACUUGCCACCGACGGAUCCUAAUGGGUUGAGUGAUCCAUACGUGAGGCUACAGUUGGGAAAGCAAAGGUUCAAGACCAAGGUUAUCAAGAAGAAUUUGAAUCCAAAGUGGGAUGAAGAGUUUAGCUUUAUGGUGGAUGACCUCAAUGAAGAGCUGGUUAUCUCUGUUAUGGAUGAAGAUAAGUUCUUCAAUGAUGACUUUGUAGGUCAACUUAAAGUGCCAAUCUCAAUUGUUUUCGAUGAGGAGAUCAAAUCCCUUGGCACUGCUUGGUAUUCUUUGCAACCCAAAAGCAAGAAGUCCAAGAACAAGGAAUCCGGUGAGGUUCGUUUGAGUAUAUAUUUUUCACAAAAGAAUGCAUCCGUGGAGUCAAAUGGUAAUGGUGAUCAAUUAUUAAAUCCAAGUAAAUUUGCUGAUGCAGCUACUGAAUCACCUUCGAGGUCUUCCACUGGCCGUUCAAACUCAUCUUCUCCUGCAAGGGAAGAAACUACAUCUGCUAAGGAUGAAAAAUCUGGUACACAAAAAACACUCACUGGCAGAAUUGCUCAAAUCUUUAAUAAGAGCCCUGAUAUGUCUUCAACCCCAUCACGGAGAAGUAUUGACUCAGACCAAUCUGAAAUUAGUAAAGCGGAAGUUAGUGAGAUCAAUACUGAGAAUCAAUCCUCUAAUGAGACUUUUGAAGAAGCUAUGAAAAAAAUUCAGUCCGCAGAUCAAGGCAGUGAAAUUCCUAGCAAUUUACCAGCAGGGGUGUUUAUUGAUCAACAAUAUAUUAUUGCACCAGAAGACUUGAACGUGUUACUAUUUUCAUCUGAUUCAAAUUUUCUCAAGUCAUUGGCAGAUGUACAGGGUAAUACAGAACUGCAAAUAGGACCCUGGAAGUUUGAGAAUGGUGGGGAGAGCUUCAAAAGAUUAGUUAGUUACGUCAAGCCUCCCAGCAAGUUAAUUAAGGCUGUCAAAGCCUUUGAGGAACAGACGUAUUUAAAAGCUGAUGGAAAGAACUUUGCUGUUUUAGCCAGUGUCAGCACUCCUGAUGUUGUGUACGGUAGCACCUUUAGGACAGAAGUACUCUAUGUUAUCACACCUGGACCAGAGUUGCCAUCGGGAGAACAGUGUUCACAUCUGGUUAUAUCGUGGCGAAUGAAUUUUUUGCAGAGCACCAUGAUGAAAGGAAUGAUAGAAAAUGGGGCUCGGCAAGGUAUGAAGGAAAGCUUUGAUCAGUAUGCCAGUUUGUUGUCUCAGACUGUUAAACCUGUUGAUCCGAAGGACCUUAGUUCCAGUAAGGAACAAGCUUUGGCAUCAUUGCAUGCGGAGCCCCAGUCAGAUUGGAAGCUGGCAGUGCAGUAUUUUGCUAACUUCACAGUUGUCUCAACAGUUUUUAUGGGGUUGUAUGUGCUUGUCCACAUUUGGCUGGCUGCACCCAGCACAAUUCAAGGGCUUGAGUUUGUUGGGCUUGACUUGCCGGAUUCAAUUGGUGAAUUUGUUGUUUGUGCUGUCCUGGUUCUUCAAGGUGAACGCAUGCUGGGUUUAAUCUCACGCUUCAUACAGGCCAGAGCACAAAAGGGUAGUGAUCAUGGAAUUAAAGCACAAGGAGAUGGGUGGUUGCUAACUGUUGCCUUAAUUGAAGGAAGCAAUUUAGCUUCUGUUGAUUCUAGUGGGUUCUCUGAUCCAUAUGUGGUGUUUACUUGCAAUGGGAAAACAAGAACCAGUUCAAUCAAGUUCCAAAAAUCUGAUCCUUUAUGGAAUGAGAUAUUUGAAUUUGAUGCAAUGGAUGAUCCUCCUUCUGUGCUGGAUGCGGAAGUUUAUGAUUUUGAUGGACCUUUUGAUGAAGCUGUAUCUCUGGGACAUGCUGAAAUUAGUUUUCUGAAAGCGAACAUCUCAGAUCUCGCUGAUAUAUGGGUUCCUCUUGAAGGAAAGUUGGCUUUAGCAUGUCAGUCGAAGCUGCACUUAAGAAUUUUCUUGGACAACACUAGAGGUGGCAAUGUAGCAAAAGACUAUUUAAGUAAAAUGGAGAAAGAGGUCGGGAAGAAGAUUAAUCUGCGGUCUCCUCAAACAAAUUUGGCAUUUCAGAAACUCUUUGGACUUCCACCUGAGGAAUUUCUCAUCAAUGACUUCACUUGUCAUUUGAAAAGAAAAAUGCCGCUGCAGGGCCGCCUAUUUCUAUCACCAAGAAUAAUUGGAUUUCAUGCAAAUUUGUUUGGAAAGAAGACCAAGUUCUUUUUUCUUUGGGAGGAUAUUGAAGACAUUCAGGUCAUUCCUCCUACAUUUUCAUCAAUGGGGAGUCCAAUAAUCGUCAUAACUCUGCGGCAGGGUAGAGGUGUGAAUGCAAGGCAUGGUGCAAAAUCACAAGAUGAACAAGGCAGGCUGAAGUUCCAUUUCCAGUCCUUUGUGUCUUUCAGUGUUGCACACAGGACUAUCAUGGCUCUCUGCAAGGCCAAAUCCUUGAGUCCCGAACAGAAGGUCAAAUUUGUUGAAGAAGAAUCUGAAACCAAAACCCUUAUAAGUGAAGAGAGUGGUGGUUCAUUCCUUGGCCUGGAUGAUGUUAGCAUGUCGGAGAUUUAUUCUUGUGUUCUUCCUAUUCCUGCCAGUUUCUUCAUGGAGAUAUUCAGUGGGGGUGAGUUGGACCGUCGGGUCAUGGAAAGAUCUGGUUGUCUUGAAUAUUCUUAUACCCCUUGGGUAUCAGAGAACAUUGAUAUCUCUGAGAGGGCAGUAUAUUACAAAUUUGAGAAGCGUAUUUCAAGUUAUAGAGGUGAAGUGACUAGUACUCAGCAAAGAUCUCCCCUUUUGGAUGGAAAGGGUUGGCUUGUGGAAGAGGUUAUGAACCUUCAUGGAGUUCCUCUUGGUGAUUGUUUCAAUAUACACCUUCGCUACCAAGUUGAGGAUUUACCCCCAAAAGCAAAGGGAUGUAGAGUGCAAGUCUUAUUUGGAAUUGAAUGGCAGAAAAGCACAAAGAAUCAGAAAAGGAUUACAAAGAACAUCCUACAAAAUCUGCAGGAACGUUUAAAGGUGACCUUUAGUCUAGCUGAGAAGGAGCUUUUACCAAAAUAGCAAAUGAAUCUUCCUUGAUUUGACCUAAACAAGUAUGGGGGCUAGCUGAUAGUCAGCAUAAAAGGGCUUGGACUGCAAUAUAUGAUGCAUCAGAUUAUAAGGUACAUGUGAUUGUGCUGUAUGGGGUUGGUUUGCAUGACAAUCCUAACUUCAUUGAAUAUAAGUGGAACAAACCUGUUCUUUGGUAACUUUGAUCAGAGCUUUAAUGAUGCUGAAAAUUCUGUUCUUUGGUUGACUUGCUACCAAGUCUGUUCUUCAAACCAGAUUACUGAUACCUAACUGUUCCAUUGUAAAUGAUUCGUUUGACUCUGGCAGAAGAUACUCACUCAGGUUACAUCCCCAGUUGCUAGCAGUUCAAAUUUUGGAUUUGUUGUUCUGUAAGAGUCACUGCUUAGUUUAGUUGUUAAGUAUUGUAAGGGUCAGCAACAAAAUGUUGCCUCAGUAAUUGUUAGAAGUUGUGACAGUUGACCCAUUACUGAUGAACUAAUGCUUUUUUUUUUUUUUGUACAUGA